CUUCCGGGUGGCCUGUGCUCUGGGGGACUGUGGGCUCCAGCCCUGGAGAUGCCGCUUCUGCCCCUGCCAGACCAAAGGCCCCACCUCAGAAGAGCCAAGUCAUAAGACAGAUAUCCAGACUUGUGAGGCACAAAGGCCCAGGUCACCUGCGUGUCCUUCCCUGUGAAGAAUUGUGUCUACUUAAUCUCUGCCUCUCACCUCAACUUGAGCUUUUCAGGAAGAGCCAUGGCCUCAGCCCCAACUAACAAGAGGAAGAGGGAGGAAGCCACAUGCCCCAUCUGCCAGCAGCUGACAAUGGAGCCUGUGAAGUUCAACUGCAGGCACAGCUUUUGCCAGAGGUGCAUAGAGGGCAGCAUUGAGGAGCAACAAGUGACAUCAGGGGAACAACCAGGGACAUCAAAUCAACCAGGGACGUCAGCUGAGCAAACAGGGAAGAGCAGACCAAGAUGGAGAUGGGCCUCCAACUAUCGUUUGAUUCAGGCAUCAUUGCUCAGGGAAGUUAUCAAGCAUUUAGGUGAAUACAUCAGUGCAGGCCACAGGAAGUUAGAGGGUGAGAGACUGUGUGAGGAACACAAAGAGAAGCUCCGCCUCUUCUGUGAGGACACCGGGCAGCUCAUCUGCAGUGGCUGUGCACAAUCUCCCCAGCACAGCGGACACAACCAUGUCCUUGCCGAAGAUUUGUGUCUGCGCUCCAAGGAAAAACUCCUGGAAUCCAGGAAAAAAUUAAGAGAACUGUUAGACCAGUCUAAGAUUGAGAAGUUGGUGUCAAGCAAACAAACAAGAGAACUGGAGGUCGUGAAAGACACCUUGACCAGGAGUUCAGUCCCAGAGUCCGUGUCUUUGGAACCUCACACUGACUGCAAUGAUUCUGAGCUCCACUGUGAGGAGAGGAAAAAAUUAAAGACCGACGAAGGAGGAGCCAUUGCCUCAGACCCUGCUGCCAAGAGGAUGAGGAUAGAAGCCACGUGCCCCAUCUGCCAUGAGCUGAUGACAGAUCCUGAGAGCUUCUCCUGCGCGCACAGCUGCUGCCACGGGUACUUAGGAGGCAGUGUUGAGGGGCAACCAGAGGAAUCAUCGUGGAGCUUGGACUGUCCUUCGUGUCAGGCAGAUUUGGAGAUGGACAGAGACCUGCUUACAGUACUAGGUCUCAUUGAAGCCAAAGUGGAGCUGGAGCGUGAGGGGCCGUGUGAGGGUGACGGGGACCAGCCCCACCAGGUCAGUGAGGACCCUGGGCAGCUCAAGUGCACUGGCUCUGCACGGUCCCCCCAGCACAGUGGACACAACCAUCUUGUCAAAGAGACAUGUCCAGACUCCGAGGAAAAACGGUGGGAAGCUGUGACAAAAAUGAUAGAACUCUUAGUCCAGUCUAAGAGUCAGAAGGUGAAAUCAAGAGAAGAAACAAGAGAACCAGAGGAAAAAUACGAGGAGUCUUCGAGAAAAGUGAAAGAAUUGUUCGAUCAGGAUGACAGUCAGAAGUUGAAGUCAAGACAACAAAGACAAGAACGGGAGAAAAAAUUCCGGGAUGCUGUGAAGAAACUGAUAAAAGUCUUAGCCCCGACUGAGAGUCAGAAGUUGAAGUCAAGAGAACAGGAGGAAAACAUCCAGGAGGCUGUGGCAGAAGUGAGAGAACUGGUGGACCAGUGUGAGAAUCAGAAGUUGAAGUCAAGAGAUCAAAGACGAGAACGGAGGAAAAAAUUCCAGGAUGCUGUGAAGAAACUGAUAGAACUCUUGGACCCGACUGAGAGUCAGAAUUUGAAGUCAAGAGAAAAAACAGGAGAACAGGAGGAAAAAAUCCAGGAGGCUGUGACAAAAGUGAGAGAACUGUCAGAGCAGUCUAAGAGUGAGAAGUUGAAGUCAAGAGAACAAAGAAGAGAACAGGACGAAAAAAUCCAGGAGGCGAUGACAAAAGAGAGAGACAUGUUAAAACAAUGUUUGAGUCUGAACUUGAAGAUAAGAGAACAAUCAAGAGAGCAGGAGGAAAAACUCCAGGAGGCUAUAACAAAACUGAGGGAAGUUUUAGACCAGUCGUUGCAUCUGAAGUUGAAGUCAAAAGAACAAACAAGUGAAUGCAAGGAAAAACUCCAGGAUUCUAGGACAAAAGUGAGAAACCUGUUAGACCAGUUGUUGAGUCUGAAGUUGAAGUCAAGAGAGCAAACAAGAGAACAGGAGGAAAAAGUCCUGGAGUUUAGGAGAGAAAUGAAAGAAUUGUUAGACGACUGUUUGAACUUGAGUGAAACAGAAGAAACAAGUGAACAGGAGGAUGAGCCAGACACCUUAAACAGGAGUUCAGUCCCAGAGUCUGCGUCUUCGGAGCCACACACUGACUGCAACAAUUCUGAGCUCAGCUGUGACGAGAGCAAGAAGUUAAAGACCGACAAAGGGGAACAACCAGGGACAUCAGAGGAGGAAUCAUGGACAUCAGAUGAGGAUUCAUGGACAUCAGAGGAGGAUUCAUGGAUGUCAGAGGAGGAGCCAGGGAAAUCAGAGGAGAAACUAGGGACAUCAGAGGAGGAAUCAGGGAAAACAGGUCAGCGUGCCUCUGAAUGAAGACAAAACUCAGGAUGAUCUAAUUCUGUCUGAAAACCAGACAGAAGUGACUUAUGGACACACCCUUGAGAAGAAGCUUCACACUUCUAGGUGGUUUAACGUGUGACCCUGUGGCCUGGGCUAUGAGGGCUUCACCUCAGGAAGACAUUACUUUGCGGCGGACGUGGAGAAGGAGCUGAGUGUGAUUUGGGAGUUUGUCUGGCGAAUAUGCCCAGGGAUGUAUGUAGAGGGGAUGCUGGAGCCUCAGUCUGUUUUCUGGGCCAUUAAAUGCACAAUGACCACAUUCACUUGACUGGUCCCGCAACUUCUCUUCUUUUCGGGAGCCAUCCCACUUUUGGGGGGUCUUUCUGGACUGUGAGGCUGGACAUGACAGCUGGCUCCCACAUGGAAACUUUUGCUUAGGCCUCCUUCCGUGAUACUCUCCGAGCCUUUUACAAGGUUAGUCAUUCUUCCUUAUUCUUGCCUCUACCAGAAACAUCAGAAAAGAGUAAAAUCUUUGGUUUACUCUUGGUUUUACCUUGCUUUAACCUUCAUAGGGAAUAUAAUAGACCCGCUUGAGGGCAGAAAUUUCAUUUGCUUUCUUUACUUAUUUUCCCUAUACUUGGAACAGUGCUGAGCUGUCAGUGACUGAUCAGUAAUGAAUCUGCAUAGAGGGCCUCCCAGGUGGUACAGCGGUUGAGCGCAGCACUGUGAAUCUGUCUGCAGCCUCUGCCGCGCAGGUUUGAUUCCUGGCCGGCCAGGGAGAUACCCAAAUGGCAUGGCAGACCUCUGCUGACUCACCCGCUGCUCUCCUCAGCAUUGUUUUCAGUCAUCUGCCUUUUCUGCUCCCCACUCUGUCUCUGGUGAAUCCGCUCACCCUCCUGUUCCUCUGGCCUGUACCCCAGCUCUUGUAUUAAUAAAUAAAUAUUUA